CUUUUUUCAAAUUCUCGACUGUCACAAAAGAACUGGCGGGUAGUAUGAACGAACUGGUGACUAAGUUAAACAGCAUGUUGCUCUACCCCUUGGAUGCCUUCCUCAAAGGAGACCUUAAAGGGGUGAAAGGAGACAUGAAGAAACCCUUUGACAAGGCUUGGAAAGAGUAUGAAACCAAAUUUGCCAAAAUUGAGAAGGAGAAAAAGCAGCAAGCUAAGGAAGCUCAUAUGCAUCGAGUAGAAGUGUGUGGGUCUGAGAUUGCUGAGGAAAUGGAGAAAGAGAGAAAAGUUUUCCAAUUACAGCUGUGUGAGUAUUUCCUGAAGGUGAAUGAGAUAAAGACGAAGAAAGGUGUAGACCUGCUGCUGCAUCUGGUGGAUUACUACCGAGCCCUAACCACGUUUUAUCAAGAAGGCCUCAAAACCAUAAACCAUUUCCAGUCCUUUAUAGAAAAUCUCGUUAUCCAGCUCAACCAGAUCAAACAACAGCAGAAUAAAGAACGACAACAACUCAUUGACCUCCGCGACUCUCUCAAGGAAACCAUGACGGCUUAUAAAGAGCCAUCGUCCACCAGCAAGCCUCACACUGGUUAUAACCUACACCAGCUACAAGGCAACAAGGCCCAUGGCUGUGAACGGGACGGCUACCUACUCAAAAAGAGUGAGGGGCGUAUCAAAAAAGUCUGGCAGAAACGCAAGUGUAUCAUUACAGAUGGUCUCAUGUUCAUCAGCCACUCGGAUGAAAGUAAAGACCCGGUGAAACUAAAUCUUCUUACCUGCCAAGUCAAGUUAGUCCCAGAUGAUUCAGGCAAGAGGUGCUUUGAUCUAGUCUCAAGCUCAAACAACAGAACGUACCACUUCCAGGCGGAUGAUGACAGGAAUAUGGAAGAGUGGAUCUCCGUGUUGAAUAAUGCGAAGGAAGAAGUUCUGAUGAAGGCGUUUCAAAACAAUAGCAAUACUCCCGCACUCAAUCAGAGCGUACGGGAGCUAACUGCCAGUAUUAUAGAUCGUGUACGUCGGUUACCAGGAAACAGCAUGUGCUGUGAUUGUAAUGCACCAGAACCAGAGUGGCUAUCGACAAACCUUGGUGUCCUGAUUUGUCUUGAAUGCUGUGGUAUUCAUAGACAACUAGGUGUACAUAUAUCUCGGACUCAGAGUCUGGUUAUAGACGAGCUGGGUACCUCACAGUUACUGAUAGCCAGAGUGGUAGGAAACGGGUAUUUUAAUGACAUAUUGGAAGCCAAGUUAGAUCCUUCAACUAAACCAACAUUAUCUAGUCCAAUGGAGGAAAGAUCUAAUUUCAUAAAAUCAAAAUACGGAGAGCACAAAUACGCAAUAAUCACAUGUACAUACAAGGAUGACCUCAAACAGGACCUGAAGCAGGCGAUACUGACGCACGAUAUUAAUGCCUUGCUACAGGUGUAUGCUGAAGGUCUAGACCUAAUGACUGACCUCCCUGACUGUGAGAAUGGAGAGACAGCGUUACAUCUGGCCAUCGAGGAGGAGGAGGGAUAUCCUCCUCAUAUUGUAGACUUUAUCAUUCAGAAUUCAUCACAAGACAGCCUUGCUCUGAAGACAUUGGAUGGAAACACUGCAUUACACACGUGUGCCCUCGGCAAUAAGGCCGAGUGUAUGAAACUACUGCUGAGAACCAAACCUGACCUGGCUAACGUGGAAAAUGCUGACAGUAAAACUGCUUUGGACAUUGCUCGGGAUAAUGGCUUCCAACUCUGUGCUGAUCUGUUACAAGCUUCAAUUCAGGGAAGAAAGGAUGUUUUUGAGAAUGUCAACAUAGAUUGGGACCUUAUGUCGGAAGAACCUUAUUAUCCUGAACACUUUGACAGCGACGACGAACUAGAGAAUACUCCUGAGAGGAAGCAGAGGUCAAGGCCACCAAGUUUGAUAACGGGAUUAUCUGACCCCCAGGGGAGUCAGAACGACCUUUCAGCCAAUAGAGGCCCUGGGUCAGUCCCCUACACAUACAGCAAGCCAAAGAAGUUUGUAAAUCAAUCAAGCAGUAAACAUCGUAACAGUGUGCGUGGUUAUACUCCUGGUUUACAUAACAAUACUGGAGCCACCAAUGGUGGGGGAGGAGUGCAGGCAUCGCCCGCUGUGUCUGAGACUAAGGACAUGUCCUAUUCUAAUGCCCCACCCUAUGUCCCGCCCCUGCCCCCGAGGAACAAGAAACAGCCACCUUCAUCAAUGGGUAUAAGUCAAGGUCAAGGUCAAGGUCAUAACCGAAAUGCUUCUGAGCCAUUCCCUCAGCGACCUACACACAAGAGGACUCCAUCAGACCCUCCUCCAAGACCUGCACCACCAGAAUUCCGGGCCAUUGGUAUCGGAUUAGGAAGACCUACAAGUUAUCGGACACGGACACAGUCAUCAACUGAUGAGGAUAUGGGACCGGUGACUCCUCCAGUGUUACCCACUAGACAACCAUUACCCGACAAGGAGGUACCCCCUAUACCACUCCCACGUCAGAAGAAAAAGGUACCAAUUGGCUUAAGGUGUCGUGCUCUAUUUGACUGCGAGGCUGACAACGAGGAUGAAUUAACGUUCAAUGAAGGGGAGAUAAUCAUAGUGCUGAGAGAAGAAGAGGAAGAUUGGUGGGAGGGUGAAAUAGAAGGAAAUACACAGAGGCGGGGUCUCUUCCCGAAGACUUUUGUAGAGCCACUCGCAGACCAAGGAUAACAACGGCUAACAUCUAGUGUUUAAUGAAUAUCUACUGCUCCUCAACCACUUACCAUUAAUGGGGCUUACUAACAUACUGUCAUCUGUGAUAUGUAAUGUAUUCAAAGUACCUUACAACCUACUAGUCACUUGUUACUAGCUGGAGCCACUCGUUACUGGCGGUAGCCACUUGUUACUGGGGGUAGCCACUUGUUACUAGCUGGAGCCACUCGUUACUGGCGGUAGCCACUUGUUACUGGGGGUAGCCACUUGUUACUAGCUGGAGCCACUUGUUACUAGCUGGAGCCACUCGUUACUGGCAGUAGCCACUCGUUACUAGCUGGAGCCACUUGUUACUGGCGAGAGGUUUGUCAUAGUGAUGAAAUCACCAGCUACUUGUUACAGUUCGGCUAGAUGGAUGUGGCAGUGGUAUUUGUCUCGAAACAUGUCUGAACAACAGGGAAGUUCCCUUUAGCCCAGUCAGUAGAAUCUGAAGCCUUACAACUGGAUUCUUGGCAGUGGUACAGUGGAAAAGGAAAUACACAACUGGACAAAAGUAACUUAAAAAAUAAACAUAUAUUUUGAUAUAUAAUGUAUAAAAGUAUACUAAUGUUACAAGUAAUUAAUAAGUGUUAGUUAAUGAAAUUAUAAGUUAUCUAAGUUAAGGGAAUUAUACAUCACACUAUUGCUUACAAAUGUGUUGUAAACUAACAAAGUCAAAAUCAUAAACGAUGUAUUAUUGCUGAACUCUUUUGUAAUGAAGGUUUAUACCAGUGUAAGGUAGCAUGUAGCCUUAAGGAUAUAAUUGAAUUAUAGGGUGGAUUCCAAUUAUUAAUGUAGCUUCACCUUACAUCAUAAAAGAUGUAUUAGUGCUAAACUCUUUUGUAAUGAAGGUUUAUACCAGUGAAAGGUAGCAUGUAGCCUUAAGGAUAUAAUUGAAUUAUAGGGUGGAUUCCAAUUUAAAUGUAACUUCACCUUACAUCAUAUAUGUAUUUUAUUUAUUAUAUCCAGCACCAAAUUUGCUGUUAUUUUCUUUAAAAAACACUUGUUAUCCUUGAAUUAUUUUGUGUGUGAAUAACGUGUCUGUCCACAAGAUUACAGGUUUCUGUAUGGACAACCAUUUGUUUACCUCUAUAUAAGAUGUAUGCGUGCAAUUAAUACCCUUACAUAAAAGCCAUAUAGCCAACUUUUGUAUAUACACCAUUAUCGUGACAUUAUUUAUGAGAUAAUAUAGCUGAGAUUACACAUUAUUUCUACAGCAACACUAAACAUUUCUGAAAUUUGCAAUCAAUCAACCCCAUACAGGAUUGGACAUAGUGAUGCAAUACCUUGCCAGUAGACGGACUAUGCUUUAGAUCUGGGCGGUUUAUACUAUACCCAUUGUCCUGAAUUCUGCCUUUUAUGUUUUUACAUAAAAAAAGAUUGUAAGAUAUCCACAAAUGUCAAAAUAAAAUAACCAUUUGGUCGUCUUCCAUAAGCAAAUCCAUCAGAGUCUGGAAGGAGUGAUUUAGUGUCAUUAGUUACCAACUUUUGUUUGUGAUUUUGAAAUGCAAUUCAUCAUUGAAAAUGUAUUUUUGCCAAAUUUAAGAAUACUUUAAAUAUGCAAAUGAAGCUGUUUGUAUUUAUUGUCUCCCAUGUUUAAAAACAUGUAUAAAGUUAAUUGUUUUGACAUAUUAACUCACUAAUGUUGUAUAAUUUGUAGAAAUAAAUUCUGUUGUCUUGAAGAUAUAACUUUAAUGUUGGCAGUUACUAAAAACAUUUUUUCCCCUUCCAUAUUGACAGAUUUUGUUCUGUAUAUAUUGCCACAUAGUAGAUACCGUAGAGUUUACAUUUAGGUUACACAGCAAAAUCUGUCAUUCAGAUUCCGUGGUAGGUAAAAAUAACACAUUUUAUGGUAGGUAGAAUUCACAUUUAGAUAGGCAGUGAAAUCUGUCAUACAGAUUCGACUGUAGGUAAAAAAUCAUAUUUUUCAAGUACAAAGCAAGCCCUAUAUCAUUUACCAUCCUGUAUAGUGCAAUACUUCUUAAUUACAAGACUCUAAUGGCCAGUUUUCAGCUGUAUACAUGAAAUAUGUUCUAUUUUCUCUUUAUCUGUUUCUCUCGUAUGCAUAAUACCAACAUUCUGCUGGACAAAUGGUGUUGAUAUUGCAUGGGCCCCACUUCAUACCCAAACCGUUUUACAUUAUUGCACAGUUUCAUCUUUAAAGUUUACUAUUGUUGAAAAUUGUUAUAAAAUGAUUAACUGUUGAAAAUCUUUAUUAAGAACAAAAAUGUUAAAUAUUGAAAUUUUUAUACACAAGCAUUUUUAUCUAACAGACCCAAAAUAUAUUAGAUGGUUUGUAGUUUGAUUAUGCAGACAAAAAUAAUAUGUCUCGUCAGUGUAUUAGUGCUAUUUCAUGAAUAAGUAUGUCAUUAUUUAUAGUUUUGUAUACAUAUUUUGACAGUUGACUAGUCCCGAUAACAAUAAUCAUUGUGAUCAUGGUUUCUGACGGGUUUUACAGUAAUAUGACUGUGGUACUCUGUAACGUAUAUAUAAUUACCGUAUUUAUCCUUCAAUAAGCCCUCUCCCCUGGUGUAAAAGAGCCACCACUUCACAGAUAAAUAUGGUACUAAAAUGUAUUAGAUUCCCACAUUCUCCCGAUAAUAUCUGCUGAUAAGGACGUUGAUUGUAUUAUAUACAUGUACUGAUGUUACCGAUGGCUUGGACUGUUAUGUACAAAGUUUAUGUUUCCUCAAAUCAUUUCAUUACAAUGACAUUGUCUCAGUUGUUCUAUUUUACCAAUUCUUUGGAUGUAAUCAUUGUCUCGUUUUUACUGAAGAAUUUUAUCUGAUGAAAAACCCUGUAAGAUAUUCAAACCAGUUUAUAUAAAUGUGUAUUGCAUGCUGAUGAGAAUGUGUGAUAAUGGACGUCUAAAUAGUUACAGGAAAACUCCUGUACCUGUAGUACUGAUAAUCUUACAUCUUACCUGUGUAGGAGUUGUAAAUUCAUGCAAAAAUAUUCUCACAGAGUUGUCUCUAUUUACUCCACAUGAGUUCUGUCAACAGCUCAAGCCGAGAGUCGCGCCAUAAACCAAAGCUAGACCUUCCCAGACUGGUUUUUCUCCAGAAAUGUUCGGCCUAUCACAUUAUAUUUACUUGCCAUCAGCGGUAAAUUGUAAUUGUGGGUAAAUUAAAAUCGUUAUACAGUCAGCAUUCCAUUUACGACGAUGUCAUAUGCACAUUGCUGGAACCCUUGUGGUAUCUAAAUUUCUGUGGAAAAUUCUCCACAGCAGUUUUAUAACCAUACUGAUGAAAUCGUAUUGUAAAAUACUGACUGGGCGAACUUUGAUUUAGGCCAAAAAACAAAAUUACUUGGUUCAUAGGACCUCCUUCAUCUUCUUUGAAGUCAGAAAAGCUUCUUAUCUCCUGUAGCUUUUCUGGUCGAAUAUAAACAAAAUUCUCCCUCAUUAUUUUUCGGACGAAGAGAAUGUGGAAAAAGCAUCACUAACAAUUUUAAACCUUUCUACUGUAAUAUCCAUUGUGAUUUUAACCAAAAAAAUACAGCACAUGUUCAUUAAUGUGAAACAAAGACAAAGAACCAUGAUAUAUCAUUGUUAAGAACCAUAAUAUAUCAUUGUUUUCCACAUUUUGAAUUGGCUGUUUAUAAUCACUAGUUUGUAAAAUAAAAAUAUCAUCUUUUUUUUUACCACUAUAAAAAUGAUAAAAGAUAUUUACUCCCGCCAACAACUCUUUCUAGAAAAAUUUUGCCUGAUCAUGAGAAGCAAGUAAUUAAUUUUAUUUUUAGGUUUAGUUGUUGACAGAUGUGUGUAAAUGACUAAGACCGUGGGAAGACAUGAAAGCUGUAUAAUUAUACGGUACGCUGUACUUUGUUUUAUCUGAUCAUGAUUUGUAUAUACGAAAAUGAUAGCUGCAUUAUACUGCAAGAUAUAUAUAAACCUGUAACGGGCUUGACUACUGUUAUGUACAUAGAUAUAGGGAUUAUGCUUUGAAUAUACUUUUAGAUAUAUAAACUGUUUAGUGUUAUAUGUAUAUAUAUACAAUGUAUCAUUAUAUAUUGGAUUUAAAUUGAUGAUGAUUUGAAUUACCUUUAAUUACCUGUUGACGAUGAUGCAGCUUUAUAGAAUAUGUUUGUAUGUACAUACACAUGUAGUUAAAUUUGAAGAUUUUAAUGGUAAAUAGAAUUUGGCCUUCUCAGUUUGGUGAAGAUGUUACAGACCAGUCGUCACCAUGAUAUUUUAAUGGUACAGAGGUUCUAAAUGUUUUGACUAGCCUGUGCUAUAUGCGGGUAUUAAAUGUAAGUGAAAGUUAUAUUUCUGUAUACCGGUAAAUAUUGACAACCCUCUCGGCCUCCAUUAGUCUGGGUUUAUUCCUGGCCGACAUAUCAAAUUUGAUUUGAGUUACAGGAUGGCGGUAUUGAAGAAUGAUGAAAGUGUGUUGUUGGCCAUUUAUACAGUGGAACCUCUAUAAACCGAACAUGCACGGGACAAGGAUAUUCGUUCGGUUUACAGAGGAUUCGGUUUGGAGAAGUUGAUCGAAAAAUGACCGGUCGACUUCCGGUUAUAAUUGGUCGGGACAAUGUUUUGUUAGAAUGUACCCGAUUACAAACCGGCACGUACGUACAUAGACAAUUUGGAUAGAGUGCAUUUAUGUAUUACAAUAUGCACAGAUGGGUUUAUUGUCUGAUAGAUUAAUUGAUGAAGUGUAAAUAUUUACUGGUAUACAGUGAUGUAGGGAUGUAUUCCCGAGUUGGAAUCGUUACAGAAGUGUGUGGUGUGUGGUAUAUUUCUUCACAGAUUUCUAGUUAGAAGCUGUAAAUAGUAACUGUAGAAAGUUGAAUAUUUUAUUAAUGGCUGAGAAAGUGUAUGAUGAUUCUGACAUUUUACACUGUAUUACAUACACCCAGUGAUAUAUAUUACUCCCAGUGAUAUAUAUUGUUACUGUUUAUCUCCAAGUCCUGCUUUGACAAAUACUUAUGUAUGUGCAAUAUAAUUAUGAAAAAAUGACCACAACUUUGUAAAUAGGUAUGUAAAUGUAUGUUGAAUGUACCCUAUAUACCAUAUCUUUGCUGCAGUAAGUCGAGGACCCGACUAUGUACCAUAUCUAUGCUGCAGUAAGUCGAGGACCCGACUAUGUACCAUAUCUAUGCUGCAGUAAGUCGAGGACCCGACUAUGUACCAUAUCUAUGCUGCAGUAUGUCGAGGACCCGACUAUGUACCAUAUCUAUGCUGCAGUAAGUCGAGGACCCGACUAUGUACCAUAUCUAUACUGCAGUAAGUCGAGGACCCGACUAUGUACAGUAUCUAUGAUGCAGUAGGUCGAGGACCCGACUAUGUACCGUAUCUAUGCUGCAGUAAGUCGAGGACCCGACUAUGUACCGUAUCUAUGCUGCAGUAAGUCGAGGACCCGACUAUGUACAAUAUCUAUGCUGCAGUAGGUCGAGGACCCGACUAUGUACCGUAUCUAUGCUGCAGUAAGUCGAGGACCCGACUAUGUACAAUAUCUAUGAUGCAGUAAGUCGAGGACCCUACUAUGUACCGUAUCUAUGCUGCAGUAAGUCGAGGACCCGACUAUGUACAAUAUCUAUGCUGCAGUAAGUCGAGGACCCGACUAUGUACCAUAUCUAUGCUGCAGUAAGUCGAGGACCCGACUAUGUACAAUAUCUAUACUGCAGUAAGUCGAAGACCCGACUAUGUAGUACCAUAUCUAUGAUGCAGUAAGUCGAGGACCCGACUAUGUACAAUAUCUAUACUGCAGUAAGUCGAGGACCCGACUAUGUACAAUAUCUAUGCUGCAGUAAGUCGAGGACCCGACUAUGUACCAUAUCUAUGCUGCAGUAAGUCGAGGACCCGACUAUGUACAAUAUCUAUACUGCAGUAAGUCGAGGACCCGACUAUGUACCAUAUCUAUGCUGCAGUAAGUCGAGGACCCGACUAUGUACCAUAUCUAUGCUGCAGUAAGUCGAGGACCCGACUAUGUACCGUAUCUAUGAUGCAGUAAGUCGAGGACCCGACUAUGUACCGUAUCUAUGAUGCAGUAAGUCGAGGACCCGACUAUGUACCGUAUCUAUGAUGCAGUAAGUCGAGGACCCGACUAUGUACCGUAUCUAUGAUGCAGUAAGUCGAGGACCCGACUAUGUACAAUAUCUAUGCUGCAGUAAGUCGAGGACCCGACUAUGUACAAUAUCUAUGAUGCAGUAAGUCGAAGACCCGACUAUGUACAAUAUCUAUGAUGCAGUAAGUUGAGGACCCAACCCAUAAACUCAAAGUAAGGAGUUUAUCACCAAGCAUGGACUUACUGUUGAAUGAUUACUGUGUGUGGUAUGUACAUACUUUAUAAACAAUAUAAAUUUUAAGUACAUGCAUGUACUUUAUAACAAAUGUAUGAUAACGCCAGAUUAUUACAAUGAUGGUGAUGCGAUAUAGACAAUGUGUGUGGUUUGGGUGUAGUCCAUUUUACAAUAUUAAUAUUUCCACUUAAAGAAAAUAAUAACUUGAUUUAACAUUAAUGAGACAGAACUGCCGUAUUAUUUCUAGUUCUAAUGAAUUGUUUGUAUUUUUUUCAAUUUUGAUUUUAAUGGUUAAAAAAAAAAUAUAUAAAUAUACAUGUGAUAUGGAAAAUAUUGGUACAGUUACUGUUCUCAUGUCUAAUAAUAAUUAUUAUGUCCUAAAUAUAACUCCAGUGUCCUAAAUAUAACUUCAGUGUCCUAAAUAUAACUUCAGUGUCCAAAAUAUAAUUCUGGUGUCUAAAUAUAACUCAAGUGUCCUAACAAUAACUCUCGUGUCCUAAAUAUCCAGUGUCCUAACAAUAACUGGUGUCAAGAUAUAACUCUAGUGUCCUAAAUAUAACUCUUGUGUCCUAAAUAUAACUCUAGUGUCCUAGAUGUACCAUACAGGUAAUUCCGUUGUCCUACAUAUAACUCCAGUGUCCUAAAUAUAACUACAAUAUAAUCUCCCUCACAACAUUACUUGGGUGUGUGUGUGUUUCACUUUCAACAGGAAAAACAAUCCUGAAGUCCAGAACAUAUAAAGUAAUUGUUUUGAACUUGUUCAGUCUUCCCCUGGGGUUCAGACAUCCCAGUCUAUCUCACAGGAGCGAUAACUAACACUUUUAAAUAUUAUAUGGUAGAAUGUAGAAUACGUAAUGAAACUGUUCAAUCAUUAUUUUUUAAGUAUUCAUAGUGUCAAUAAGUAAAGGGGAAUCGAACAAAUACAAAUGUAAUUAGAAACUCGAGUAAAUCAUUAGUUCUAAAUUGGGAACGGAAGCGACGAAAAGUACUGAAAAUGUUGAUUCAAUAGUAUUAUAUCAUUUAUAGUGUUUAUAAGCAAUGCAGAAUUGAAUAUGUAAAGGGAGAAUCAAAUACGUAAUGAAGGAAAAGAAUAAGAACUUCUUUUUAAAUAAGGAAUGGAAAGUUCGAAUAAGUAAUGGGCAUGUUUAUUUAUUCGUUUUAACCGUUUUGAACUAUUAACAACCUACACAUGUACGGUGUUUACAUGUUAUAUGUCAUACUAAUGGUGAUUUACCUAAAAUUCCAGGGAUAUGAUUGAUAAAGUCUGUGAUUCAAGGGACCAAGUUAAUAUUUUGAUCAUGUUAAAACAUAUUUCCAUUCGUGGAUUUGACCUUAGUUCAGUAUAAACCCUUUAUAUAGUUCCAUUGUAGAACGUUUAAUCAAUUUUUAUCAAACCCAUUCACAACAGUUGUAGGACAUCUCUGUUGAAACAAUAAAACAAUGUAAAGAGCAGUUAUUGUUUUACAUCUGUAGCAUGCUGGCUGUCUUUCCUUUAUUCUUGUGAGAUUAAUAGAAUCUUUUAACCUCUUCGGGCGAGAUAAGAAUCUCAACCCGAGGUGAGAGCUUGUUCAACCCUAGGUGGGAGCUUGUUCAACCCUAGGUGGGAGCUUGUUCAACCCUAGGUGAGAGCUUGUUCAAACCUAGGUGGGAGCUUGUUCAACCCUAGGUGAGAGCUUGUUCAACCCUAGGUGGGAGCUUGUUCAACCCGAGGUGAGAGCUUGUUCAACCCGAGGUGGGAGCUUGUUAAGUUGCCAAACAUAAGGCUUACUCAUUUCAUCCUGAGGAUUUUUGGUUUUUGGCAAAUGAAUAAGAGCAAUAUUUAUUCUAUUAUUGUAAGAGAAAGAUGAUCAUUCACUCCCAUGGAUGUGAGGAGGGAAUCUCAAUCCUCGGAGGGAAAAUACUUAAGCUUCCAAACACCAGGCAAACCUCGUGUUUGGCAAUUCAGAAUCUUCCCCCUCCGGUUGAAAUUCUCAUGUCUCGCCCCCAAGGGCCAGGGCGUGAAAGAUUCUUUCAAUAUCUUCCCUAGGUUAAACAGUCACCCUGUGAUAUAUGUUAGAAAUAUUCUUCCCUCUUUCUCUUCAUUUUUAUCCGUUUAGCAGUUCUAUAUAUCUAUUGACUGUCUUUGAACAGUAAAGAUUCCAUCGAAUCAAUUGGAGUCUUAAUUUACCUUAAGGUCAAGGACCAGACUUUUACUUUUAAAUUUAGAUAUACCGGCUGUAGUCAUUGUGUGACAACUCCAGAAGGUACUGUAAACAGGCCGAGAUUUCCUGUAUGUCUGUAAUAGCACUAGAAACCAACCAGGUUUGUCUUAGUCUUGAUUAGAUAUCGGACCGAGAUUAAUUUGCCUUUAUGUGAUACAAAAGUAAUGUAAUCUUUCCCAGGGGUAAAAGUGUUGACGAUUCAAAUUCAACGUAUGGAACAUAUUAAAGAAAAUCUUGGUUUUACAGAGUGGUUUCUUUUAUGUUUCAUACCAAGGGUCGACACAUCCUAUCGUUACUUAUUCCCGGGGAUUGAUUGCAUUUCUUGCCAAAAAAUGAAUUCUGUAAGAAAUUAAACCAUUCAAGAGUGCCAAUCAGAUUGAUGGACAUUUUUCUGUGUCAAACGAAUAAUUGUCAAAUCAUUUGAAAUAUUAAAACAGUAUGUAUUUUGUAUUUUCUGCAUUUCUGAUUAAUACUUAUGAUAUUAGAGUAUCUGAAUCUGCAGUACAUCUGAUGCAUAACGACUCAUGAGAUUCCCAGAUCCUUGAAACCUGUCUAAACUAGAUUUCAGUGAAACGACAGGACAAUAGCCAUGAUAACACAGUAUGCAUUUUUACGUAGAUUGAACAUGUGGGAAAGUAUUGAGAUAUUUUGGAAUUUUAAAGUUUUCUAUCCAUGCAGGACUGAGUAAUUGUCUCUAGGUAUUGGGAAGUUCUAAACUGAUAUAUUAAAAAAGAUACCCGAUAAUAGCAAAGAAAAUGAUUAAGUGAAUACCUGGUCAAUGAAGAAAAUAUGCCUGUUGUUCAUAUUGCAAAUUCCUUUGUAAACAAUGGGAAAGUUCAAUUUACCAGAAGGUGUAAGGUAAACAAUGGGAAUGUUCAAUUUACCAGAAGGUGUAAGGUAAACAAUGGGAAUGUUCAAUUUACCAGGUGUAAGGUAAAUAAUGGGAAUGUUCAAUUUACCAGGUGUAAGGUAAAUAAUGGGAAUGUUCAAUUUACCAGAAGGUGUAAGUUAAACAAUGGGAAUGUUCAAUUUACCAGAAGGUGUAAGGUAAAUAAUGGGAAUGUUCAAUUUACCAGAAGGUGUAAGGAAAACAAUAGGAAUGUUCAAUUUACCAGGUGUAAUUAUUGCCUGGAUUUAGAUCAAUCUGAUUUAGUACCAAACAUCAUGUUUUAAUAUCGUAUAUCCAAAAAAAAUAAUCCUGGAUUUGGUGAUGGUGGUCAUGCAGGGAGGGGGUAUCCCUCAAUUGUUACAGUCUGGCCACUGAUGUUGAGUCUAAGCUGAGCUGACCAGGGAGGGGAUAUCUCCUGAUAGUUUAAGUCAGGUAACUUAAUGUUGAGCUGACCAGGGAGGGGGUAUCUGUUGGUAUUUUAAGUGAGGCCACUGAUGUGGAGUCUAAGUCGAUCAGGGAGGGUUAUCCCUUGGGAGUGUAUUAUUGUACUUCGUUGUGUGAAUUGAUAUUUAGUUUAGACAGGUUUCUCCUCAGUGAAUAUUUGUCACCUUUUUGUAACACACCAGGUACAUAUUAGUUUGAUACGGCGAUAAGAUUUGUGAUACGAGAUUUUAACCUCAAACCAACACAUUGAUGUUAUCUUUGAUAACCCAGUAAACAGUACUUCUACACCAAAA